AUGACCUUCCCUCCCCCUCACCCUUCCGCCCAAUCGUCGAUUGCUUCUGGCACCGAUAAAUCUUCUUCGACCAGGCCUGAAUUUGGUGCCUGGGGUCGGUCCACGUCACAGUCCGGCAUUCGUCGUGGGUUGACUCCUCUCGCGACCAAUCUCUCCUCCACCGUCACCUCUGCAUCUUCCCGGGGCUUGGACGCAGGCCCUGGGGUUUCGACUCCCUCCUCCUUCUCUGCCGUUCUGAGCUCUACAAGGGGCCUUUCUGGGGGCAGCCCCAAACCUGCACCCUCUCCGUUCACCUCACUGCAAUCGAGUUCGCAGCAGUCCCAUUCGCUCUCCUCCCCCAAGUUCCGCGCACACACCCCUUCAGCGGGAUCUCAUUUCACUUCCGUAACAGGCUCCAUCACGGGUGGUGGAGGAUCUGGAGGAGGUGGUGGGCCAGGAUCUACCAGAGGCGUCGCUUUCUCACCUCUGUCAUCCGGCACAACCGUGAAUUCACCCACGGGCUUCGCUUCUGAUAAGCCCGGAUCGGCUGCUGCUCAUUCGAGCCAAUCGUCUCUCACCAAGAUCUCGAUCGCUCAGGUAUUCCUACUGUUAGAUUCUAUCACUGAGAAGGAGGGCAAAGAAAAGUGGGAAACCAAAGCCGCCCAGAUACACAAGCUCGUCACAUCCAACGGAAUGGAGGUCUUUUCGAAAUACUUUCGCCGUCUUCUUACGGGCAAUGCCCCUCAAAUCUUCCCGGGCGUCAACAAGUCCGUCGAGAAUGCGGGCAACUACCCCCUUUUAACCCAGGAAAUGCACAAAGUUGCGACAGACAUCGAGCAAGCACAAAAGAUUGCCGAAACGGUAGACACCUCAGAGGGUGAUAUCUUCCGUGACUUCGACCUGUCAACCUUCCUGGAUCAUUUCCGCCUCGAUCCCAUUGUUAAGGUUGCGCUCGCUUUGGCUUUUAAGUUGACUAAUAAAUCAGAUCUUCGUGCUAAAGCCGACGCCAUCCUUUCGAACUCAACCACACCCUUCCUCCAAAGCUUGGCCAACCCAUCCGAAACGACCAAGGAUUACCAGAAUUCUUUCCUUGGAAUCACGAUUGAACGAUUUAUCCUUUACCCUCCCCGCAAUUUCACCGAUGAUGUCAAGGCCAAGCUGGUCUACGCUGUGAACCUGCGAUGCCAGAAGAUGGGUUUGGAUAUGCCUUUGGAGGUUUCCUCAGCUCUCCAGAUGUUCAACUUUGUCAACCCGCGCUAUACUCUCGUCAGACAGCUACACUCCAAGGGCCCACGCGCAACUGCAAACACGGAGACCCUUACCGAAGUGGUCAAUGCAGCAGGACCCGAUAGCUGGAGCGAGGAACAACUUGCCAGUGCUCUUCUCUUCAUGGUUCUGUCGCAGUAUUGGCAGCAGUUCUCUCCCGAGACGCUUCUGAGUGCCUAUGCCGACAAGCAGAUUGAUUGGACUCUGGUGUUUCGGACCUUUGAUCGGGAGGGCCUGAGAGUGGAUCCCAAGCAAUUCGCCAAACUGUAUAGCAUUUUGACCACUGUUGCCUCCGAUGACAGCUCCCUGGACAUCCAGAAGCUCUGGGGCGGAGACUGGGAACAUCGGGACACGCAGAUGUCGUUCCUGACAGCCUUCGUUGCCUCGCGAACCGACGCUUCUCAAAUUCCUAAUCUUCGUGCAACAUUCCCUAGCGACUUCUUCGACGAUGCGCCUGAGAUUGUGAAACUGCAGGGCGAACGCGCUUCUAAAUCACCCCUUCGUUCCAUGGACGCCAUGAGGGCAAUCUUCGACCUCGCUCUGUUCUCCCAAGCUUCAUGGGCCGCUACUGAAAGUCAACUUCUCAUCAAAGCAGUUUUGCAAUACGAUCUCCCCGUCUUCCUUGUUUCCGCUCUCGCCAUUCCGCAGCCAUGGUCUAGUGUCCAACAGAGCUUCGUUCUCCGAACCUUCGUUGUUUUCAUUUCCAAACAAGAGGAUGGCUACCAACUGGCCCUUCAUGGAGCCUGGCGCCAGGAUCGCCAGUGGGUUUCCGAGCAGCUUUUCACUGCUUUUACCCAGGACCCUACUGCCACUGCAGCGAUUUAUGAACAUGCAGCGGCCUAUGGCUGGCUCGAAUAUCUGCUCGGUUUCACUAACGGUCUCGCGCUAGACCUUGCCUGCUACUCUCAUCGCAAGAGCUCAUUUGAUCUCGAGCAAUGGGUUCAAAAUGCUUCUCAAAAGGGGCCCAUUGAUAUGGGCGGCCUGCUGUCUAAGUUCCUGAGGAUCAAGGCUGAGGAUGAGCUACAUGUCCAACGAAAGGAACAGCCGGCUCCUCAGAUGGUCAGUCUUUCUGUGAAAACCGUAUAUACUCUUUUGUCGGUACUGGAGGAGUACGUUGGUGACCGCGAGAACCUCACCCCCGUCCAACGCAUUUGUAUUCAGACCUACCCCCGACUCAUUAAUUACGGUGAAGGGUUCGACGACAUCAUUGAUGCGAACGGUGAAAAUGGUAACACCUUGCCUGAGACCAUUGACAAGCAAAUGCAGGAAUUAUUUGGCAAGAUGUACCACGAAGAAUUGUCGCUUCGUGAAAUGUUGGAGUUGAUGCGAAAGUAUAAGUCUUCCCGUGAACCCGAGGAGCAAGAUCUCUUCGCUUGCAUGGUCCACGGUCUUGUCGACGAAUAUCACUGUUAUCACGAAUAUCCUCUCGAGGCUCUGACCAAGACUGCGGUCAUGUUCGGCGGAAUCAUCAAUUUCCGCUUGGUCGACGGCAUUACUCUCAAGGUUGGCCUAGGCAUGAUCCUGGAGGCCGUCAGGGAACACGAAGUCCACAAUCCGAUGUACAAGUUUGGUGUGGAGGCCAUCGAGCAGUUGAUCGGCCGUCUUCCCGAAUGGGUUGGCUUCUGCCAUCUACUGCUUCAAAUCCCUAGCCUUGCAGGCACACCUAUUUUCCAGAAGGCCGAGGAAGUUCUCGGAGAGCAAGGCGGCAGCCAUGAGAAUGGGAACAAAUUCGAAGAUCUAGGCGGCCCUCUUCUCACCAAUGGCAACGUGGAGGAUGUCGUCGUGAAUGAUGGUACAUCGCGAAAGUUCCGCGCCGUGCAGGUGGAUGCUCCCAUUCGGUCCGAUCUCUACGAGGAUCCGAACGAAGACAUCCAGGAUAAGAUUUUGUUUGUCUUGAACAAUGUUUCGGAACAAAACAUCGAAGAGAAGCUGCAGGACUUGCGUGAAGUGUUGCGGGAUCAGCACCACCAGUGGUUUGCUGCUUAUUUGGUCGAAGAGCGUGCCAAGCUGCAGCCCAACUUCCAACAAUUAUACCUGGAUCUUCUCGACCGCAUCGACGACCGAAUUCUCUGGACCGAGGUUCUGAGAGAAACCUACGUCAGUGUCGCCAAGCUCUUGAACUCGGAGGCUACCUUGAACUCGUCUCAGGAUCGUGGCCACCUCAAGAAUCUCGGCGCCUGGCUCGGCUCACUGACUAUCGCCAAAGACAAGCCCAUCAAGCACAAGAACAUCUUUUUCAAGGGCUUGCUCUUGGAAGGCUACGACAGCUCACGCCUCAUGGUUACGAUUCCCUUUACGUGCAAGGUCCUGGUUCAAGCGACCAAAUCUACAGUCUUCAAGCCCCCAAACCCGUGGUUGAUGGAUAUUUUGGGAUUACUUCUAGAGUUGUACCAUUUCGCCGAGUUGAAACUCAACCUUAAAUUCGAGAUUGAGGUACUGUGCAAAGAUCUUGAUCUGGACCACAAGACCAUCGAACCCUCUAAUGGCAUUCGUGACCGUACCGCCCACGUCGAGGAGACUUUGUCCACCACCAACAUCCCAGAGGGCCUGGAAGCUUUCGAGGAUAUGGGUCUCACUGCCCUCAACCAGGGCAUUCGAAACGAAAGAUUGUCACCUGCUGCUAUCAUGUCCACUCUACCUAGCCUUGAUAAGAUUCUGGUCUUGCCCCCGUCAGCGAGCGGCAUGGUUGACCAGAGUGUCCUGAGGCAGAUUGUGCACACUGCGGUGGAACGUGCUAUUGCGGAAAUUAUUACUCCGGUUGUGGAGCGCUCUGUGACCAUUGCCUCUAUCUCUACCGUCCAACUUGUUUCUAAGGACUUUGCCAUGGAGCCCGACGAGGAGAAGUUCCGCCAUGCCGCUGGAAUCAUGGUGCGUCAACUUGCCGGCAGUCUGGCUUUGGUCACCUGCAAAGAGCCACUCAAAGUCAGCAUGACAAAUUAUAUUCGUAUGAUCCAGCAAGAGUACUCUGAUCAACCUAUGCCCGAAGGUUUGAUUUUGAUGUGCGUCAACGACAAUCUGGAUGCUGCCUGUGGCAUAGUUGAGAAAGCAGCCGAGGAGAAGUCUCUUCCCGAGAUCGAGAAGGUCAUUGAGGCCCAACUGGAGGCUCGGCGUCGCCACAUCGCUACUCGUCCCAAUGAGCCUUUCAUUGACCCGUCAAUGAAUCGUUGGGGACUCUUCAUUCCCGAGCCCUACCGUCAAACCCCCGGGGGACUUAAUAAGGAGCAGCUGGCAAUCUACGAAGAGUUCGCUCGCCAAUCGCGUGGUACCGCUAUUACUCAUCCUCAGAAUGUUUCAACCGACUCUGGCCGUCCUCUUCCAGACGUGCUCCAAGACACCUACCCCGCUAUCCCUAACCUUUCAACGCCGGCCGAACAGCCUGCGCACGCUGUCUCCCAGAUCCCCGUCCACACGAAUGGGUUCCUCGAUACGCAGAGCCCAAGAGAACGAGUCGAGAAUCUUAUCUCUGAACUUCAACAAUCCGCUCGCAACGCUCCGGAAGAGCAUGUUAAGGACCUUGGUCGCGAGAGCACUGUCCUCCAAGAAUACAACCAAGCUCUGCGCGCUAUCCUGAACUCUCCUAAUGGCGAGGAGUUGGCCCGGUUGACCUCCCUCAAGGUUUGCACAACUCUAUACGGCCAAUCUUCGGGAUCUCUGGAAAUCGAGGUUCUUGUUCAUCUUCUCGCCAAGCUGUGUGACUUGUCCUCAGUGAUCGCACGGUACACCUGGGCGCUUCUUGCGGAGAUUGACGACGAGCACAUGUUUAAUGUUCCUGUCACUGUUGCUCUCAUCGACGCAGGCCUUCUUGACAUCCGCCGAGUGGAUAUGGUUCUCACUCGCCUCAUCAUGCAAAAGAAUGUCAGCGCUCUCGAGUUGCUCGACACGCUGAUGAGCCGUGUCCUCUUCAACGACGAGCCCUCCGCUCUUCGCUCCGACUUCUCUGGUAGCUUGGAUGCCAUGAGCCAAUGGCUCUCCGAGGAUGGCAACAUUGCUCCCGCCUUGGAGAUCAUUCGCAAGCUGCGCGAGUGUGGAAUUCCCGAAGUCGCCAACCCAUUACUCAGUGAUCAGGCUAGGUCCAAGCGUGACCAGAUGGAGUACAUCUUCAGCGAGUGGAUUGGUAUAUACAAGGCCUCUGGUGCCAACGAGCGUACCUACCUCUCUUUCCUCCAGGACAUGCACAACCGCCAAGUCAUGAACCUGCAAGAGGACUCUGCAUUGUUCUUCCGCCUGAGCAUUGACAUUUCUGUCGCCAUGUUUGAGCAUGAGUCUCAGAACCCCAAUGGCAGCUUGGAUGAGGCUUUCCUCUAUGUUGACGCCCUCGCCAAGCUUGUUAUUCUAUUGGUCAAAUCUCAAGGAGAGAAUGAUGGCGCUGUCAGUCUCAGCAAGCCUGCUUACUUUGGCUCCAUUCUCUCAUCUCUUGUCUUGGUUCUUAAUCACCAUCAAGUUAUGCGUGGCGAGGCGUUCAACCAACGUGUUUUCUUCCGCCUGUUCUCUAGCAUCCUGUGCGAAUACUCCGUUGCAGGUCUCCAGCUUCAUGAGGAACACCAGGGCAUGAUAUUUGCACUGGCUAACAAAUUCCUGUCCCUGCAGCCCCGCUACUUUCCUAGCUUCGUCUACGGCUGGCUUUCACUAGUCUCCCAUCGUGUCUUCAUGUCUGACAUGCUCAACAUGCCCGAACGUGCCGGUUGGGCUGUCUACUGUGAGAUCAUGCAGGUCUUGCUUUCCUACAUUGGUGAGCAGCUCAAGGCAGCCAACAUCUCUUAUGUCGCCAAGGACUUGUAUAAGGGAGUGCUCCGCAUCUUGUUAAUCCUUCACCACGACUUCCCGGAGUUUGUCGCCGAGAACCACUUCCAAUUCUGCAACGUGAUCCCCGCUCAUUGCGCCCAGCUUCGCAACUUGGUUCUCAGCGCCUACCCUUCAUCUUUCCAGAAGCUUCCCGAUCCUUUCCGUGAGGGUCUGAAGGUUGAGCGAAUUGAGGAGAUGCGGGAGAUCCCCAAGAUCGCAGGCAAUCAGGCAAACCUCAAGGACGUCAUCGAUACUGUCCUGCAGAGUGACAAUGCAUCUGAAGCCGUGGUUCAACAAAUUUGUGACACUGUUGUCAACGAUGAACCCCGCGAUACUGCUCUUUUCUACCAGCCCAUUAAUGUCGAUGUUGUUCUAGUCAACGCGCUUGUUUUGUACAUUGGCCAACAAGCUGCUACAGAACACGCAUCGAAGAGCAAUACCCGAAGCGUCUUCGAGAACUCCAACCAUGCCGCUCUUCUGGAGAAACUUGCCCAAGCAAUGCAGCCCGAGGCUCGUUACUACUUGUUGAGCGCGAUGGCCAACCAGCUGCGAUACCCCAACAGCCACACCUACUUCUUUAGCUUCACCAUCCUGCGUCUGUUUGGUGUUGACUACUCUGAGCAGGAUGAGUCUGACAUCCGCCAGCAAAUUAUUCGUGUGCUGCUGGAGCGACUCAUCGUCCAUCGUCCGCACCCGUGGGGUCUUAUCAUUACCCUGCAAGAGCUUCUGCAAAACCGCAGCUACUCUUUCUUCCGCCUCCCCUUCAUCCAAGCGGCCCCUGAGAUUGGACGUCUUUUCGACGCUCUCCUGCAACACAUCCAACAGCAAAGCCCUCGUCCCAUUGCGUAA